AUGCCGAGGGUUGAAUUCGUGCAUUCGCCUGUGUAUCGGGGCUCAGAGCGAGGUGAUUCUGGACCGAAUAACGCCGUGACUAGUAGUGGAGCGCUAUUAGAUGAGGAGAGCCCAGGGAGCGAAGGUGAUUCAUCUUCAUCGCUCGUUGGCGUUCGCCCGCAAUCACCAAUUGGAAAUCCAUCUCACUUGAACGGGCGCAGUCAUCACCGUAAAAGGAGUGAAUCCGGGCGAUCAUCCAGCCCCUCCACCACCGACUCAAGCUUCGGCUCGCAACUUGGAAGCAACCUUCUCCACCGUAACUCGUCCCAGCAUCUCUCCCACUCAUGCUCGCCACCCAUCUCGGACAUUGAUAGUAGUAGUAGUGGUAGCAGCAGCCGAAGCAGUGUCCAGAUCCGUAAUAAGCCACUAAGCAUCUCAUCCUCUCAUUCUUCACCCACUUCUCGUCGACAGCACCGAUCACCAUCAUCUGCCAUACAUCCUCACCCCUCUGCCACGCUCAAUCCUUCAUUUACUUCUCGCAACGGCUCGAAUCACUCUAACACAUCCCGGCAUUCUGGUUCCCCCUACACCCGUGGUCCUCAACUGAAAAUGAUACCUUCAAUUCUCAAAAACAAAACUCCCGAAGCGGAAGAACCUAGCGGUCCAUCCUAUGGGUUCGGCGCUGGUGAUGAAGCAGAUAGUGGCAGUGAUGUAGAUGACUUUGAAGGCGAGGACGGUGAUGAGGGCGAAGCUGAUCAACGCUGGGCCCAUCACUACUGGCCGGAAGAUGGUAACCAUCUUUCUGCACCACCUGACUCAUCGCAACCUAAUGGUCCAUAUACAUCUCAGCCUCCACAUACACCUGGACGGAUGGCAAGUACCAUACGGCGUCGGAUUCUCCAAUUCAAGGAGCUGAAAGGUGUCACUGCUUAUGAUAUCUCCGCACGUCGAUUCACAGAUGAUGACAGUGGCGGAAGUGGCUACAUCGAUCUAGGAGGCCAGCACUCACCUUCAAGUACCGUCGGACAUUCUCAUAAUGACCUCAGGCCUGAAGAGCGGGAACGAUUCGAAUGGCAGGAUAUGUUAACGAACGUCUUAACUGGUGAGGUCUUGAGGACUGAGAAAACUCGGAUAUCUGAAGUAUCGGGUGGCAAGGAAGCUACGAUCAGACAGCAGGAUGCCUCAAGAAUGUCCGACAUUUGGGUUGGUCUUAGGGCUUAUCUACGCUGUCGCACUGUACCCGACGAGCAGCGCUGCUUAGAAGGUGCCAGGUUACAGAUGGAUCAUGUAUUGGAGGAUGUACAUAACUUCAAAGUACCAUUUGCAACCCCAAGAGACGAGGCUAUAAGAUUAGUCCAAUCCCUCUUAAACCGCGUCGAUUGGUGUGAAUCUUUAUACCCAUCUAACAAGUUCAUGUGGAGGGAGCGGCCGGCGUGGAGGGAAGCGGAUUUCGUGUCAAAAUUGGAGACUCUUCGCUCUUGGGAUAACAAUCAUCGUGGAUUGAGAAUGCAGAUUGGAAUCUUGCAGAAAUUCAUGAGCAGUGAUAAGCUGGAAGGCAUCAAUCCGUCAUCUCCUCCGCUGUCGUCGUCGUCGUCCAAUGCGGCUGUCACAAUCCAUUCAGCUGAUCCGAACUUAUCCCAGUUUUCACAUUACGAGAUGGCCAACGGCCAGCUUACCUCCUUCAGACCAACCAAACAGCUCCUUGAACCUUCGACUUUUGUCGAGCGAAUCCUACAGGAAGGUUCACUUAAUCGUCUUUUUGCUGAAAACACAUUUGAUUCACUCAAUACGCUCAUUGUUCGUGCGAAGGAGACGAUGAUCAAGUUUGCAAAGGCUUUCGAGAAAUUGAGGCUUCCGUCUUAUCGCGAUGACUUGAUCAUCUUGGCCAACUUUGCUCCAUCUUUGAUGCAAGAGGUCUUAAGAAUACGAUUGCAAAACGCUAAACUACUGAAGAGUGAUUUAUCUGAAUUAUCAUUGGUACUACUGCAACAACUCACAGACGACUUCAGAACCGGUUUAACUCACGCCACCGCCGUCAAGAAAUCAUGGAUGAAAAUUAUGGAUCAAGAGCCAAAUUGGGAUAUGUGUCUUCCAGAUGCAGAUCGUCGCGCGUUUGACGAAACUUUGACACAGGCACUCAAGUUUUUCUUUAGACUAUUGGAUACACAUAUUCUGACCGGAAGUAAUAAGACUUUGGACUCUAAAGAUACAGAAAUCGUUGAAGGCGAAUGGAGCUUUUUGAAGUCUGCUGUAGCUGAGAUCCAAGGUGGAGACGUACUCCUAGGUGAACAUUAUAGUACUCUGACACAUCGGCUCAUGUCCCGUGUUCAUCAUUUCUUUGAUGCAAAUCUAGUCAUCCUAGAAAAAAGGUUAAGCGCAAGAAAGGUCAAUAUUCCCGAACUUAUCCGAUGGAAUGAUCUCAUCCUCUCAUCUCUACGUCAGCGCCAUCGUAAAGUCUUACGAUUCAGUCGAACAAUUCUUAGCCGCUUUGAAAACUCGGCUGAGUAUGCUUUAGAAAAAAGCGCAAUCGAUCUGAGUUUGUUUGUCGGUGGCUUAAAUGAGACUAAUCAUUUCUUGAUCUACACUGGUAACUUUGAACGUGAUGGUAUCUACUUAGUCGGAUCUCCGUCUUUAAGUCAACGCCCAGACAUUGUCUCAGAAUUAUUAUCAAAGUGCUUCCAUAUUCAAACUCAGCCUGAUUAUGAGCCACCAGCAACGAGGAAUAACAAAUCGUCUCCACCUUCACCUCUCCUGGCCCCAUCCCCACCGCCUCCAUCUAAUGAGCCUGUACCAGCCGAGGAUACUGUCGCAUCGGCUGAACCAGCGGUCAACGAACCAUCAAAUGACGACGAGGAGGAAUUGGGACAUGAGUCGAAUCACACACCCAAAGUCAUCUAUCCUCAUUAUAUUCUGAUCUUAUCUCCACGAGAUCCAUUCAUGUGGACCGGUCAAGUGAUGAACAUCGAUUUGCCAAGGGUGGAAUUGGAUGUACGAGAUCAUCGAGUCCGGCUGGUGGCGGAUGGGCCUGGUCAACACCUCUAUCUCGCUAAAUCCGCUUUCUUGGGCACUUUUCCCGCCUUUCGAGCCCUUACGGUGGUGGAUCAGAAAGCUCAUCUUUUCCGAGUCAAUCGAGAGAUCAAAAAGAUCAAACGCGCUAGUUAUCGAAUGAGUGAAACGGUGAUAAAGAGUGUAGAUCGAAUUAUCCAAGCAGUCAAACAGGUGCCUGGAUCCGAGCCUCUGCUUACAGCGUACUUCAGCUUCGCAGCCGAAUUGUCUGAGCGCAGCAUGAGAUACAUGGAGAAGGCUAUUCGCGAACGGUAUACUGCUCUAUUGAUCCAAUUCGGAAUCAAAUGGAUCACCUUUGUUUCGGAUGACUGCAAGACUGAUGAUCUCAAGACUUUUAGGGCUGCUGUCAAUGCUUUAGAGUUUGUGAUGGAGAAGACUAAGGAUGACAUGAUCCUUGAGCUGACAGAAGAACAAUUUGUACGAUUGAGAUCAAAGGUAGCUCGAUGUAUGUCAUUGUUAAUAUCACAUUUCGAUGUACUAGGCGCCAGAAGCAAAGCAGAAGCCAAGCAACAGAAAGAACGAUUAGAGGCGCAAAGGCAAGAGAUGAAGUGGAGAUUAGAGACAAAGAUGGCUCAUAUGAAAGGUAGAGAUUGGUCUUUGACGGCCUCUGAAGGGGUUCAAGAUCAGGGUAAUGCGACGAGUAACGCUGGCCUCAAUUCGGCUAUGUCUAGCCUGAGAGAGAGGCGAGAGCGAGGGCGAGGGCCCUUGGCUGCAUUAGAUGCGGCUCGGCACGAGAAGUUGGCAUCACUUGGAUUAGCCGGACAAGAGUUAGAUCACAAUGCUACCGAUAAUCGUGGUCUACUGUUCCUUGCGUCAUCUACAUCCAAUAUCUCCAUACGCUGGCAGCAAGGUCGAUUCGUGGGUGGUGGAACAUUCGGACAAGUUUAUCUCGCUGUCAAUUUGGAUACUGGCGAUGUGAUGGCAGUGAAGGAGAUCAAACUUCAGGACAUUUCUACUGCUCCUAAAUUGGUCGAUCAGAUUCGAGAUGAGAUGAAUAUCAUGUCACUUCUUCGGCAUCCUAAUAUUGUCGAAUACUUUGGAAUCGAGGUUCAUCGAGAUAAGGUUUAUAUCUUUCAAGAGUAUUGCGAAGGUGGAACGUUGGCUGCAUUGUUGGAGAAUGGAAAAGUAGAAGAAGAGGUUAUUUGUCAAAUGUAUGCUCAUCAGUUGCUUGAAGGAUUACAUUAUUUGCAUUCAAUGGAUGUCGUACAUCGUGAUAUCAAACCUGAUAACAUCCUUUUGGACAAAGAAGGCAGACUGAAAUAUGUCGAUUUCGGCGCGGCGAAGAUCUUGGCAAGAGAGAGUCGAACUCUUGCCGCUCGAUCGAAAAGGAGCAAAUCCAUGAUCAACAAAGGUAUGAUGGAUCCGGGUAACCCUAAGGGUUCGGAGAUGAACAGUUUGACGGGUACGCCAAUGUACAUGAGCCCGGAAGUGAUCAAAGGUGAAGAGUUUGGGAGGCCAGGGGCGAUGGACAUUUGGAGUUUAGGAUGUGUGGUAUUGGAGUGCGUGACUGGACGAAGGCCGUGGAGUAAUCUGGACAACGAAUGGGCGAUUAUGUUUCAUAUUGGCAUUGCUACUAAACAUCCACCUUUACCGGAUCCCAGCGAGUUAUCAGAAUUGGGAAUUGACUUCAUACGACAAGCUUUGACACUCGAUCCAGUCAAGCGUCCCAGCGCGGCGGAACUUCUCAAUCAUGCUUGGAUGGUAGACCUCUCAAGAUGUUUAGAGAUGAUGAACAGUGGUGAAGAUGAGCUGAUGUGGUCUACUAGUGGCACUGGUCCGAUGGCGGUGGCAGGAACUGGACAUGACACAAGCCAACCAACCCCUCCAGAACUCACUCAUCAAUCUAGUUCCUCUUCGUCGAAUUUUCGUAACUUGGAAAGCUUACAGGAAGUAGAUGAGGGGGAAUGAAUCAAGGAAAUUGGAUUCAAAAGUGUUGGUUAUCCUUAUUAUUCUUUUUAUCAACUACUAAUGAUUGUUUAUCUUACAAAUGAAGCUAUAGAUCUUAUUCUCUUUUUGUAUAACUCUUCUCUUUGUUUUUUUUCUUUUCUCGAGAGUUUCUUAAGUUUUCUUUCUCUUUUUUUGUCUGGAAGACUAUAAGCAUAUGUGUUGGCUUUUUAAUUUUCGUACCUGAUAAUGAUCAUCUUUACUUCGUCUUGAUGUGGGUUUUUCUCUUCCCUUGCGGCUUGCAUUCAAUGUUUGAUGUGAUGAUAGAUGUAGUGUCCAAUGAAACCAAGAUGUAUAUACAGUAAUGGUAAUUUGAUUGGACAGAUGAUCAUGU